GAGGGAGGGCUGGGGCGGUACGAAGCGGGGGUGGGCUCUGCGCGUAAUGGCAGCGCCGUGGCCUCGCGUCCAUCUUUACCGUUCUCUCGGACCUGUCACAAAGGAGUCGCGCCGCCGCCGCCGCCCCCUCCCUCCGGUGGGCCCGGGAGGUAGAGAAAGUCAGUGCCACAGCCCGACCGCGCUGCUCUGAGAAGCCCCCUGGGCACGCGGAACGGGAGGAAUCCUGAGGGUUGGGGACGUCUGUGAGGGAGGGGAAGAGCCGCUCGAGCCUGGGGCGGGCGGACCGGACUGGGGCCGGGGUAGGCUCUGGAAAGGGCCCGGGAGAGAGGUGGUGUUGGUCAGAACCUGAGAAACAGCCGAGAGGUUUUCCACCGAGGCCCGCGCUUGAGGGAUCUGAAGAGGUUCCUAGAAGAGGGUGUUCCCUCUUUCGGGGGUCCUCACCAGAAGAGGUUCUUGGGGGUCGCCCUUCUGAGGAGGCUGCGGCUAACAGGGCCCAGGUGAGAGGCAGCUAUCUAUCCCCUGGGGUGGCUCCUGGUACCGAUGGGGUCCUGACCUACUCAGGGGUGCCCUGGAUAGAAAGGGUAGAUGAAGGGACGCUUUAGGAGGGUUCUUUUUGUGGAGUUUACGGUCUAGGUGGCACGGGUGAGGCAUACCUCCCCGGGGAGAUUUAGAAACGCCUUGGGAUAGAAAGAGAAUGGGGCUAGGAGGCAGGAGCUAGAACUAGCGGAAUGUCCUACUACGGAAGCCGGAGCUGAAAAUUGGGUAAGGACCUUGGGGAGAGGGGAUUUCUGGGCGGUGAUGGGAAGAAGACACCUCCAUCCAUAGGAAAGCCAGAGUGGGGAGUAGUGAAAGGGAAACGGGAAUUAUUCCCUCUCUGUAGAUCGACCAGGUGUCCCAGACACAGGAUCCAACUGCUUCCGGGCUUAUUGCCCGAGUGGGGUGGGGAGAGUCUAUCCCACCAACACCCCUUGCGUGAGUCCAAAUUAGGCAUUUGUCUCUCCUGCUGCCUCACUUUCCCCGUGUUUGGGGAGGGAAACCUACUGAGACCGAGACGGUCGGCUGAGACUCCGAGGUCCUGUCUUGUAUAGUUCUCUGAGAGAGGUUGCUCCCCCUGGAGUGUUGUACUUUGAACUUUGAAGGGUUAGAAGUGUCUGUUAUUGACUGAGUAGAAUCCCGCAGUUUUCCAGGCCCUUCACCUACCAUCUGUUCUUGCUUAGUGGAGUGACUUAACCUCCUUAAGUCUCUUCUGUAAAAUAACCAGCGCAGUAUGUGAAAGUACAAACUACAAGCUGCGUGAACAACUGCCAUUGGAUGUCCAGAAUCCCCUGUAGUUGAUAAUGUUGGGAAUAAGCUCUGCAACUUUCUUUGGCAUUCAGUUGUUAAAAACAAAUAGGAUGCAAAUUCCUCAACUCCAGGUUAUGAAAACAGUACUUGGAAAACUGAAAACUACCUAAAUGAUCGUCUUUGGUUGGGCCGUGUUCUUAGCGAGCAGAAGCCUUGGCCAGGGUCUGUUGUUGACUCUCGAAGAGCACAUAGCCCACUUCCUAGGGACUGGAGGUGCCGCUACUACCAUGGGUAAUUCCUGUAUCUGCCGAGAUGACAGUGGAACAGAUGACGGUGUUGACACCCAACAGCAACAGGCCGAGAACAGUGCAGUACCCACUGCUGACACAAGGAGCCAACCACGGGACCCUGUUCGGCCACCAAGGAGGGGCCGAGGACCGCAUGAGCCAAGGAGAAAGAAACAAAAUGUGGAUGGGCUAGUGUUGGACACACUGGCAGUAAUACGGACUCUUGUAGAUAAUGAUCAGGAACCUCCCUAUUCAAUGAUAACAUUACACGAAAUGGCAGAAACAGAUGAAGGAUGGUUGGAUGUUGUCCAGUCUUUAAUUAGAGUUAUUCCACUGGAAGAUCCUCUGGGACCAGCUGUUAUAACAUUGUUACUAGAUGAAUGUCCAUUGCCCACUAAAGAUGCACUCCAGAAAUUGACUGAAAUUCUCAAUUUAAAUGGAGAAGUAGCUUGCCAGGACUCAAGCCAUCCUGCCAAACACAGGAACACAUCUGCAGUCCUAGGCUGCUUGGCCGAGAAACUAGCAGGUCCUGCAAGUAUAGGUUUACUUAGCCCAGGAAUACUGGAAUAUUUGCUACAGUGUCUGAAGUUACAGUCCCACCCCACAGUCAUGCUUUUUGCACUUAUCGCACUGGAAAAGUUUGCACAGACAAGUGAAAAUAAAUUGACUAUUUCUGAAUCCAGUAUUAGUGACCGGCUUGUCACAUUGGAGUCCUGGGCUAAUGAUCCUGAUUAUCUGAAACGUCAAGUUGGUUUCUGUGCCCAGUGGAGCUUAGACAAUCUCUUUUUAAAAGAAGGUAGACAGCUGACCUAUGAGAAAGUGAACUUGAGUAGCAUUAGGGCCAUGCUGAAUAGCAAUGAUGUCAGCGAGUACCUGAAGAUCUCACCUCAUGGCUUAGAGGCUCGCUGUGAUGCCUCCUCUUUUGAAAGUGUGCGUUGCACCUUUUGUGUGGAUGCCGGGGUAUGGUACUAUGAAGUAACAGUGGUCACUUCUGGCGUCAUGCAGAUUGGCUGGGCCACUCGAGACAGCAAAUUCCUCAAUCAUGAAGGCUACGGCAUUGGGGAUGAUGAAUACUCCUGUGCGUAUGAUGGCUGCCGGCAGCUGAUUUGGUACAAUGCCAGAAGUAAGCCUCACAUACACCCAUGCUGGAAAGAAGGAGAUACAGUAGGAUUUCUGUUAGACUUGAAUGAAAAGCAAAUGAUCUUCUUUUUAAAUGGCAACCAGCUGCCUCCUGAAAAGCAAGUCUUUUCAUCUACUGUAUCUGGAUUUUUUGCUGCAGCUAGUUUCAUGUCAUAUCAACAAUGUGAGUUCAAUUUUGGAGCAAAACCAUUCAAAUACCCACCAUCUAUGAAAUUUAGCACUUUUAAUGACUACGCCUUCCUAACAGCUGAAGAAAAAAUCAUUUUGCCAAGGCACAGGCGUCUUGCUCUGUUGAAGCAAGUCAGUAUCCGAGAAAACUGCUGUUCCCUUUGUUGUGAUGAGGUAGCAGACACACAAUUGAAGCCAUGUGGACACAGUGACCUGUGCAUGGAUUGUGCCUUGCAGCUGGAGACCUGCCCAUUGUGUCGUAAAGAAAUAGUAUCUAGAAUCAGACAGAUUUCUCAUAUUUCAUGACACAUGUGAAGAGGCAUCGUGGACUUUUUUCUACUCAGUUCCAGCCAAUGUUGAAAAGAAAAAGAAAAAAAAACUCUCUAAUCAGUUGUACACACAUUGAAAGUUAUAGCCAUGGCCAGAUUUUAUGCUAAAAAUGGUAGUUUGUCAAAGACAAAAUUCUCUUAGAAUCUAAUCCAACUUGCCAGCCCUGAGAAAAUCCCUUUUAAGGCCAAGGAAAGCUGAAUGCUAGCAGCCAGGCCUGUGGUACUUCCAUGAAAAACCAUAGCAGACAAUGCCCUCCCAAGUACUGAAAUCACACUGGAAUCCUCCGUGUUGGGUUCAUUUGAUUGUUUAACACAGGAUGUGUUGUGUCAUUCUGAAGUUUUUAUUUGGGGCAGAAGUCUUUAUGGAGAUGUAAAUGACAGCGUUUCUGGGUUAUGCAUAACUUCUCACUGGUCAGAGACACCGGUGUGUCAAGCAUGGAUAUUGCAUUGCAAGACUUGAAUCUAUAAAAAUUAGAAUCACACAGUCAGUACUACAAGCAAAACAGAGAACCUGAAAGAAGGUGCACAGACUGUAAGAAAAAACCCGUUUGUGAUAUUUCAGUGAUUCCAAAGAACAUUCUAGGUUUUUUGUUUGUUUUUUUGUUUUUUGGGUUUUUUUUUUUUUUACUGCAGAAAAUUGGUGGUAUUUUCACAUUCAUAGUGUUUCUGUCCAAUUUCAGUACCCACAUUUAAUGAGGAAAAAAUGUUUUACCAAUGAAGGAGGAAUUCUUAAAUUAGCUGUAAUGUUAGGUUGGAGAAAAUUUGGUAUUUAGGGUAUUUUCAAGGUACCAUCAAAUCAGAUUUCUGUUUUUUUGUUAAAAAAAUUUUUUUUAAUCAGUAUUGUUUUUACAAGUAAUAUACUUUGAAACUCUUGAACUAAUAGUCUCAAAAACUCUAGAGGACAGUCUGAGAACAUGUAUUUCUAUUGUUCUAAAUAAAUACAUGUUUUUGAAUAGUUCAAUCAUGAAUUAUUGACUGUGUCUUCAUCAAAAGUGUUAAUCCCUCUCAGGGUCUCUGGUGAAGACCUUCAAGAGUUUGGUUUUUUCUCCCAGGAAAUUGGAAGGUAGAAUUGUAAAUUCAUAGAACUUCUUUUAUAAUGGUGUACCUCAGCAGCUGCCUUUCAAUUUAUGCCAAGUCCUUACAGAGUUUAUACUUGAAUAGUAAAUAUGUCUUCUGAGUUUUACAGUGUCUUAAACUCAAUGCACAUUUUUUUUUCUUCUUUUUCCACCCCUUCUUGUUUGUAGUUCAUUAUACCUGUCCUAUUACAGAACUGAUUUCCUUCCUGGCUGUACAUGUUGGGGUGCUGGAUUUUUUUCCAUGUCUUUAGUCUUCCAUAAAUCAAAAAAAAAAAAAAAAAAUAUAUAUAUAUAUAUAAAUAUAUAUGUAGAUACAUGUUCUCUUCUUUAGCUUGUGGUGAAUACAGUAAUUUGCAUUGAAGAAUAAAA